CGUCCCUGAAGAUACCUCCCCUGCUGCUGUAAAUGCAGAUACCUCUGGUUAUAUUUGCAACCUUUCAGAAGAUUUCUUGAUAUGUGCUAAGAAGAUCUUCUCAUUUUUAAGAUAUACGGCUGAGGUAGCAUCAGCCUGGGCGUUCUGCAUCUGGUCCUGCAGGGCUGGGCUAAAACAAACCUUCCUUUGAUAACAUCCAAUUACUUACUUUGCCAGGCUGUGGAAUCCUGGAGUCAGCAUUUGCCUACCCUUGGACUCCGAAGCAUUCUUGUUUGUGCUCCUGGGUCUUCAAUUCACCACCAUGAAGUUUUUGGCAAUGCUAGUACUGGUGGGAGUUUCUACCAUCUUGCUCUCUGGCCAGGAUGCGACAGCUGCUCCAUCUGACACCUCUGCUACUGCUGCCCCUGAAGAAACCUCCCCUGCUGCUGUAAAUGCAGAUACCUCUGGUUAUAUUUGCAACCUUUCAGAAGAUUACUGGUUUUGUGUUCAGGACAUCUAUCAGUUUUUCCGUUUUCGAUUUCUUUGAGGUAGAAUCAGCCUGGGUGUUCUGAAUCUGGUCCUGAGGGGCUGGGCCUUUUGACAAACUUUUGGUAAUAUCCAAUUACUUACCUUGCCUUCUAUAUAUCCCUCAUCUCAUCAAUUUAUCUCCUUUUGA